AUGUCCAAACUGCGCCUCACAGUUCGCAAAAGCGGCGACGUUUCAGGAGGCGUCGUGAUACGUAUCAGCGAGAGCGACUCGUUCGAGGAACUACUGGCGACUGUCGGCUCGGCUCUCGACGUCGACUGCGACAGACUCUUUCUCUUUCCGUCCGGCGGCCAAGUGACGUCGACGGACCUACUCAAUGACGGCGACGUCGUUCACGCAGCGUCUGGCAAACUGCUAACGCAUUCGGAGAGACUAAAAUCGAGCAACGUCCAACCGUGUGUGACAGUGACAGGUUGCGAGUCCCCGGAUGCCGGCAUCACACGAAACGACUGGGUGCAUCUCAACGUCGGCGGGCGGAUCUUUGCGACGACGCGCUGCACACUGACUCGACAUCCGGAUUCUAUGCUAGCCCGGAUGUUUGGAGAAGAGAUCGACGACGGUGGGUGGAGCAGUGCAACCGACUUCAGAGGAGCUUAUCUCAUAGAUCGUAGUCCUGAAUACUUCGAGCCGUUACUCAACUUCAUGCGUCAUGGCAAACUGAUACUCAACGAUGGGAUACGACCGGAUGGCGUGUUGGAGGAGGCUCGUUUCUAUGGCAUUUCGGCCGCGAUCGAUCCCUUGACGUCGAUGGUUUCGGAGACUGAGAAUGCGAGGCUGCGUCCGAUCACGAGAGCCGAGUUCGUUCGACUCCUAUUGGCUACACCAACGACGUCAUCACUUCGGUGUCAAGGCAUCUCACUAGAGGGCGUCGACUUAUCCCGACUCGACCUCAGGCAUAUUAACUUCAAAAUGGCUUGCCUACGAGGCGCGAAUCUCGAGGAUGCCGAUUUAUCCGGUUGUUCACUACAGAUGGCUGACUUGAGGCAUGCGGUGUUAGACGGGGCGACGCUCAGAGGUGUCCGUAUGCUUCGUGUUUCAUUGGAGGGAACGUCACUGCGAAAGUGCGACUUUGAAGAUCCGGCUGGAAGUAAUGCGAGUCUCGAAGGAGCGAACCUUCGUGGUGCGAUAUUUGAUGGAAGUCGGAUGGCCGGAUGCAAUUUCCGUGUUGCGUGUAUGAAGGGUGCGAGUCUGAGGGGGUGUAAUCUACGCGGUGCCAUUCUGGCGGGUACUGAUUUAGAGAAUUGCGAUCUCAGUGGGUGUGAUCUGACCGAGGCGAAUCUGAGAGGUGCGAACGUCGUCGGGGCAUUAUUCAAUGAGAUGACAACGGCCAUUCACAUGUCACAAACUGUACCAUCACACGGGCAGGGAGCGGUUCACAAUUGAGACUUCAGACCGUGUUUUAGC